UGCAUUCGUGUUCAAACCAAGAACCAAUCGGACCUCCGUACCAAAUUAUUUCUUGGCACCUCAGAUCAGCAUAUUCCAUCUCCAAUCCCCCGCCGCGUUCCCCCGCACGCUUUGACCCAUAAAGUCGAUCCAUCUCCGAGCACCAAGUUGAACACGCGAUCCCAUUCCCAUUCUCUUGCUCAAUACAACCUCCGGCUCCAGCAAGCCGCAGCGCCAAGCCUAGAAGCGGAGCGCGGAACACACGAGGCCAGGAAGAGGAGGUGCUGCCGUCCCCGCGCCGCCGCUGUGGGAGUGCGGGGAAUGGGGCGGCACGGCGUGGACCAGAUCGGCGCUGUGGCAGCGUUCGUCUGGGUCACCCUCCUUCCCUUGCUGCUUGUGUGCGUCGUGUGGCCGGGCGCCCAGGCCGGCCAUACAAGCGAGUACCGGCGCCAACUCGGCUCCGCCAUCGACAUGCCACUCGACGCCGAUGUCUUCCGCCCUCCCCCGGGCUACAAUGCGCCCGAGCAGGUUCACAUCACACAAGGCAAUCAUGAUGGCACAGCCAUGAUAAUCUCAUGGGUGACAACAAGUGAGCCUGGCUCGAGUACUGUGAUCUACGGGACUUCAGAGGAUAACCUCAACUAUACUGCAAAUGGGAAGCAUACUCAGUAUACUUUCUACAACUACACCUCAGGAUACAUUCAUCAUUGCACAAUAAAAAAGUUGGAGUUUGACACAAAGUAUUACUAUGCUGUUGGGAUUGGACAAACGGUGAGGAAGUUUUGGUUUUUGACCCCUCCAAAAAGCGGCCCAGAUGUUCCAUAUACACUCGGUCUCAUAGGUGAUCUUGGUCAGAGCUUUGAUUCCAAUGUUACGCUCACCCAUUAUGAGUCCAAUGCAAAAGCACAAGCAGUUCUUUUUGUUGGGGACUUGUCAUAUGCAGAUAACUACCCAUAUCAUGAUAAUGUGAGAUGGGAUACUUGGGCAAGAUUUGUAGAAAGGAGCGUUGCGUACCAGCCUUGGAUCUGGACUGCUGGAAAUCAUGAGAUAGAUUUCGCUCCUGAACUUGGUGAAACAAAGCCAUUCAAGCCAUUCAGCCAUAGGUAUCCCACACCCUACAAGGCUUCUGGUAGCACGGCACCUUAUUGGUAUUCCAUCAAAAGGGCCUCUGCCUACAUUAUUGUCUUGGCAUCGUACUCAGCAUACGGAAAAUACACUCCUCAGUACAAGUGGCUUGAAGCUGAAUUUCCCAAGGUCAACAGGAGCGAAACGCCAUGGUUGGUUGUCCUCAUGCAUGCUCCAUGGUACAAUAGCUAUAACUAUCACUACAUGGAAGGUGAAACCAUGAGGGUGAUGUAUGAGCCAUGGUUCGUGAAGUACAAAGUUGACGUUGUGUUUGCAGGACAUGUCCACGCCUACGAACGCACACACAGGAUAUCGAAUGUCGCAUACAAUGUUGUGAAUGGCCUGUGCACUCCAAUCCCUGAUCAAUCGGCCCCAGUUUACAUCACCAUCGGUGAUGGAGGGAACCAGGAAGGAUUGGCUACCAACAUGUCGCAGCCGCAGCCGAGCUACUCGGCCUUCAGGGAGGCGAGCUUCGGGCACGCCAUCCUGGACAUCAAGAACCGGACACACGCGUACUACACGUGGCACCGCAACCAGGACGGGAGCGCGGUGGCCGCCGACUCCAUGUGGUUUACCAAUCGGUACUGGGAACCGACGGACGAUUCGGCCGACGAUUUCCAAUGAGGACGAGAGCUGCAGCUGGGUUGGUUAUUCGUUGCGGUUCCUCACGACCAAUAAGCAUCGCCCUGAAUACACGAAGCCACCCAAGCUCCGAUGCAGGCCUCUGCACUUCUUAGGCUGAGUCCAGGGCACAGCCUCUCUCUCGCCCCUGCUGCUCCAGUGCACAGGCUGUAGCAGACUACAACUUCAGGCUAUAGUCACGUCAGCUUUUCU